AUGCUUUCCUUCAGCUCGCCCAGCUGGCAAAGUUCACUGAUAUCUGCAUCUAAAGCUUCCAAAUCCCCAAAGUCUGCUAGCAGCAGCAAACCUUCUGUCUUAGGAUCUGGUCGCGCAGCGAGUCCUAUUUUACCGCGACUAUACCUCUCUGACCUUUUCACUGCGCGCAGCGAAUCCGAGCUCACGCGUCUCGGCAUCACACACGUUCUUUCCAUUAUUGAACAUGCCUCUACAUUUCCUCCAUCGAUUCCCCUCGUCACCGCACAUGUAGCCAUUGCUGAUGUCUCGUCUGAGGAUCUUCUGGCCCACUUUGACGAAACGACCGCAUUCAUCCGCAAUGCCCUCGCCGAGAAUGAGGAAAACAAGGUCUUGGUACAUUGCUUCAUGGGUAUAAGCCGCAGCGCGUCCGUCAUCUGUGCCUACCUCAUUGCGACCUCCGAUAUGUCGGCGGCUGCAGCGCUAGCCUUCGUGAAAGCUCGCCGCGGCAUCGUCUCGCCCAACGCUGGCUUCGUUCGUCAGCUCGACGCAUAUGCCAUACGCUGCCACAACAUGGGAGGUUCCGCCAAAGCCCCACGUGCGCGUAUUGGUUCAGGCGUCGCGGCACGGAUACGCUGGUUGAAGGAGGCAGCAGUGGGGGCUAGCGUGAGUGUCUCUGCUGUAACAGCAUUGACAACGCCAGGACAGAACGGAGAAACAGUGGACGUGGCUAAUACUUGA